AUGCAGUAUAUAACUAUCGACAGCUGCUUCGACCAUGGCCAUAUCUCAUCUUGGGCUCGAUCUUCCAUCACCCUGUGCUGCUCGCACCGGCCGGACGCCAUGGACUUCUUUACCCGCUUCUACACAGCGUACAGCCGUCCCGUCAAGGUUGCGAUCUCUAUAUCCCUCGCGCUGGUGAUCCUGUUCGCCUACAUUCUCCUGAUAGUCCUCUUUACAAGCCCUCAAGCCUUGCACAUCGAUUCUCUCCUCUAUGUAGGGGACAAUCCGGCCAGUCGCACAAGAUUCACACCACAGGUCGCCGUCGCCCUUCUGUCGGCGAUCCUCACAGGCGCCACGAUUGCGCUGGCCACUCGCUGCGUGGAUGAAUCGCUCUGGAACCACCUCACGCCCUCGACGGCGGCGGAUCGAAUCACGGCUGCGGAGAGCCGCAACCUCGCGCUGUGGUCUGUCUCUGCCGUAGCGCGCAUCCGCUACCUGUUUGUCGGAGGAUCGUGGGCGCUCCGUCUCAGCGCUGUGCUGCUGCUAGCUGGCGUCGCUGUGAACCCCAUCCUCGUGAGUGGCAUUUCGCAGACACCCGACUUGACUUUCGAGACGGCUUUCCAGCCCCGGAAUAGGAGCUACAACGACUUCAGCGGCUUCUUGGAUGAUGUGAAUACCUGGUAUGCCUCGGGGACAACUCGCGAUCUCCUGGGUGAAGCUGCAUUCCUCACCUCCCUCCAUUCGCUUAAUGCUCCCGCUGCGCAUGUCUGCAAUACCCCCCUGUGCAGGGCAAAUGCCCGUAUGGCUGGAUUCCAAGCGAGCUGCACGUCUGACGAGAUCCCAAACCCGGAUCGAAUCGGCCUCAAGCCCAGCAGUUUUAGGAACAUACGCAGGCAGCUUUUCUGUAGCCCAAAACGCAGUUCCCGAGAUCGGGACGUCUGCGUCGACCUGGAGUCAAGCGACCCUGAGACAGCCGCCAUGUUCACCAACCAGCGCGCCACCGAGACAGAUGGCGACUUCACCACCGUAUUCGGUGCUUACGUUUAUAACUGGUAUACCGGGCAAGCGGAGCGCUCCAUCUACACAGUGGACUGCCGCGUCCGUUAUGGGUGGGUGAACGUGACGCAGGUUGGAUCCAAUCCCCCCGAAGUGAUACGCUCCAGUUUCCAAGUCGUUGGUCAAGACGAGCUGCCGCGCAGCGCAGGCUACCUCCCCCGUAUCUAUGGUGGCGAUCUUCUGGAAUCGAGUCCCUGGAAUUUCUCCGGCGGCGCAUAUGGUGCUAACGGAGAGAAAAUUGUUAAAUACCCUAUUGGUGUCGCGCUCCUUGGAUGGAAAGAAACCGCAGAUGGGCCAACAGUCGCACAACGCAUCGAACGUGCAUGGGAUAUGAACAAUAUCUUCGCGUUCGGGAGGUCAAUCGACAGAAUCGACCUCUCCACGACAAUAGAGACCAGAGUGAACAAAUACGUCUACAACAAACUCGCACUCUUCAUCCUUAUAGUUCCGUUCCUGGCUUCCAUCUUUGGUGUAUGGAACCGAUGGCAUGUACUGAGUGACGAGCUGAUGCUGGGAUACGAUCCUGUUCGAAUUGUGAGGUGUGGUCCUUUGUAUGGAGUAGAUCCAUCCACUACCGGGGAAGAGCUGGAUAAGAUGGUGGUGGCAAGAUAUAUGCAGGCUGAUAUGGACGGGGAGCAGAGAUAUCAGUUCGUUGCCAGCAGUGUUGAAUUUGUUGCUGAGCCGAGGACACCGAAACAUGGAUAG